GGGCAGCCGGCGGUGGCAGGCAGUCCCAGGACGGGAGCCUCCCUCCGGGGGGGGACAGCAGCCGGCUCCCCAGAGGGGACAGCAAGGCGGAGGAGAGAAGCCCAGAGAGCAAGGAUGGGAUAAACGCAAAAAUUCCAAAUUUCAAACGAUCACACCAAUUUAUAACUACAGGAGAAAAUGAUGUUGAUUGGUUGGCAAGUCAACAUUGAUUGGCCGAAGUAUUGCCAUGGAGAAAGCAAUAGGGAUCUAUAGGCUCCCCAAGCUCUGGAAUAAUUCAAAAAAGGGCUUGUACCCAGAACACUUUAUUUCCCCUUACCUUCGAUAUUUACCCCUUUCCAGACAACCAGGUGCUAAAGCAGGACAAGUGUGGGCACCCGAAGGUUCCACAGCCUUUAAAUGUCUCAUCUCUGCACGGUUCUGCGCAGCAUUGCUCAGUAACAUUUCAGACUGCGAUGAAACGUUCAACUACUGGGAGCCAACUCACUUUCUGCUGUAUGGAACAGGAUUCCAGACUUGGGAAUAUUCCCCAGUGUAUGCCAUUCGGUCUUAUGCUUAUCUGUGGCUCCAUGUUUUACCUGCUUGGUUCCAUGCGAAAGUUCUGCAAACCAACAAGGUUCUUGUCUUCUAUUUCUUACGAUGUCUUUUAGCCUUUUUCUGCUGCAUUUGUGAGCUGUACUUUUACAAAGCUGUUUGCAAGAAGUUUGGACUCCAUGUUGGUCGUUUAAUGCUGGCGUUCAUGGUUUUGAGUACUGGGAUGUUCUGCUCAGCAGCUGCAUUCCUCCCCAGUAGCUUCUGUAUGAACACAACUCUAAUUGCAAUGACUGGCUGGUUUACGGAUAAGAAUGCUGUGGCAAUACUGGGAGUGGCAGCUGGAGCCAUUUUGGGAUGGCCCUUCAGUGCAGCUCUUGGGCUGCCUAUAGCAUUUGACCUGGUGGUGCUGAAGAGGAAGUUCCAGAGUUUUUUUAUAUGGGCAGUAGUGGCGUUGCUGCUCUUCCUGCUCCCCCUUGUGGUAGUGGACAGCUAUUACUAUGGAAAGAUGGUGAUUGCCCCCCUGAGAAUAGUUAUUUACAAUGUAUUUACCCCACAUGGACCUGACAUUUAUGGUACAGAACCAUGGUCAUUCUAUUUCAUCAAUGGAAGCUUGAAUUUCAAUGUGGUGUUUGCUUUGGCUCUCUGUGCCCUGCCUCUAACUACCCUCAUGGAGUUCCUGCUGCAAAGAUUUAAUGUGCACAACCUUGGUCGUCCUUAUUGGCUCACCCUUUCACCCAUGUACAUCUGGAUCCUGAUAUUCUUCACUCGCCCUCACAAGGAGGAGCGCUUCUUGUUUCCCAUCUACCCCCUCUUCUGCCUCUGUGGGGCAGUGGCUCUCUCUGCGUUACAGAAGUGCUACCAUUUCUUAUUCCAGCGUUACCGUCUAGAACAUUAUACCGUCUCCUCUAACUGGCUUGCUUUGGGCACAGUCAUCCUAUUUGGAUUUCUCUCUCUCUCGCGCUCAGUGGCUUUAUUCAGAGGUUACCAUGCCCCACUCGACCUUUAUCCAGAAUUUCACAGGAUUGCAACAGACCCGAGCAUUCAUAUGGUGCCUGAAGGGAGACCAGUCAACGUUUGUGUUGGAAAAGAAUGGUAUCGCUUUCCCAGUAGCUUUCUCCUACCUGACAACUGGCAGCUCCAGUUCAUUGCUUCCGAAUUUCGAGGCCAGCUCCCAAAGCCCUACGCCAAAGGACCAAAGGCAACUCAAAUCCAUCCAACAGACAUGAAUGACCAAAACCAUGAGGAAACAUCCAGAUAUGUUGACAUCAAACAGUGCCACUUCUUGGUUGACCUCGAUAGAGAGGCAGAGACUCCGCGUGAGCCAAGAUAUUCUGCAAACAAAGAAGAAUGGAUGAUCAUAGCUUACAAGCCAUUCUUAGAUGUCGCAAGAAGCAAAGCUGAAGAGCUGAAUUCCUGGACUCGGCGGCUUCUGAAUCCUCUGGAGGUGAUGAACUGCAGGAUUUCAAAUGAAGAACUAUCAUUGCUGAUGAAAUUGAGUUUUUGGUGGCAUAAUUAUGCGAUCAAAAAGAAAUGUGACAAGGUGACUUUGUGCCACAGUUCUCCGAGGCUGAAACCUUAUGCUGUACCAUUAGCAGCAGGAAGGUGGCGUAACUUCCCACAGGUUGAGGGGGUCAAAAGGUUGCCUGUCAGAUACCCAUGCAAGUUGUCCAGAUUGCAGCAGCAUAGUAUUACUGAGAUAGAUCUGACCUUCCGUUAUCCCAGGAUCUUGACCGUGUGGAUACUUGGGCGCCAUGUUGAGCGCCGUCCUUGGUUCACUCUUUGUGCUGCAAAGAAACUAUGCUAAUGUUUGAGUUGAAGACAAUUUUGUGCAAUUGACAUCUCAUUGAAAGUUUGACCCUUCUAUUGGCUUACACUGCAGCCACAGACAAGAUGAAACAAAAUGUUCCUGGGCAACACAGCUGUGUUUAAGUUUGCACUGCUAUUCCUUUCUGUUUUUAAUUGGAAGGUAUGCUGUUAAUGUAAAAUGUUAAAUCUAUGUUGUGUCCUACAAACAGCUUGAAUUUUUAACUGAGUUCAAUAGAAUGGGGUCCUAGCAAAAGACAUUUAUUAAAUAGA